CAUUUUGGUCCUCCAGAUUCAGCCUGUGAACCAAUUUUAUCCCUGAGAUUCUAAUUGCACUGUUUAUGUCCCCCAGAUUCCGAUUUGAGCAUCAUAAUGGUCCUUCGAAGAUUUUCCGGCGUGACUCAGCGACAGCGUUGCUUAUGUGGCACAGCCACUGCCACGUUGGACGCCGUAGUGUACAUAUGACGUGGAAUGUGUGAUAAAAUUCCCUAAUGUAGUCCCCGUCCUCAUUUUUAAACCCUAAAAUUUCGUUGGCCUUCCCAUUGAGGUUCUCUCCAUCAACGUCUUCUUCUGCAUCUCUUCUGUACACCGAUAGCUGUCCACCAUGAGAGGAAGUGGGAGCCAUGUUGCAGGAAGUUCCAACCGGUCAUCGUCGACGGAGAACUGGAGAAGAAGCACGACGCGAAGUAGGCAUGGACGGGUUCCAGACUGGUGCGGCUGUGGUUGUCGCCCGGUGCUAAGGUGGUCUGGGACGGAGUCGCAUCCUAACAAGCCCUUCUUUGGUUGCCCCAACUAUAAUACAAGUGGAAAAACAUGGUGUGGGUUAUUCGUCUGGGCUGAUUCUGUGCAAGAGGAGUUGUCUGAAGGAGCUGUUGCAGGAGAUGAUGAUGGUGACAGGAAGAUGAACUUUGCAUGGCGGAUGGGCAAGAUGGAGGCAGACAUUAGGAAUCUGAAAUUCAUAACUCAUGUUCUUGGAUUUGGGUUCUUAGUAAUUGUUGUUUUUGUAGGAUUGGUGCUAUUAAAGGGUUGAGAACAUGUCAAUGUAAUGCAGUUCCCAAAUUAAUGAAUGAAACUGUUAUGUGGUAACAUAACAAGGUUUGUGUAAAUCAUCUUACUUUGAUAUAAUAUAAUAUCCUGUUGGAUGAAGUAAAAGAACUUGUA